UCUGGGUUUGAUGUACACGAUAGCAACAUUGUCCUUUGUGCAAACCGACCAGAUUGCUUUGACUCGUCCGUGUACCUUACGGAAGGAUUCACAAGAAUACAUCGCUGACUGCCGUAACAGGAACCUCUCCGACAUACCCUAUGGCCUGCCAGUGAACAUCAACACCUUACUUCUCAGAAACAACACCAUCAACAUAAAACACUUGUCUUCUGGCUUGUCUCGAUUCUCUCAUCUUUACCAUCUUGAUUUGUCCUUCAAUCAACUGCGUGGUUUGAAACCAAGAACAUUCAUUCAUCUUACACGCCUUGAAACUCUAAACUUAGAAGGCAAUCACCUCCCUCUUAACAGUUCGGCAUAUCCAAAUGCCACGUUUCAGGGUCUUCGUAACCUUCAGUCCUUGAAGAUAAACAACAACAGCAAUGAUGAGGAUCACUUCUCACAUAUGGAAUAUCCAGGACAUGUACUAGCAGAGUUAUCUGCCCUUGAAGAAUUGUUUAUUGAUGGUAUACCUUCAGGUGUAUUUGAUGAGGAGUUUCAAUCUCUCAGGAAGCUUAGAAAUUUAACGUUAUCUGGGAGGAUAGGUACAUGUAAUAUUGGAAACAUAAGUUCCGACUACUUUAGAAAUCUGAAGCAUCUGACUUAUCUGAACAUGACGAGUUGUUCUAUAUCGCACAUUGGAAGACAGGCUUUAACUAAAUUAGAUAACAUCACAAUUCUUGACAUGUCCGGCAAUUCACAACAGGAUACGAGGCAUGUUGAAAAUAUUUUGUGUGGUCUCCAAAAUUCCUCGGUUGAAAUUUUGAAACUGAAUGCCAUGGUGAGUGAAUAUGCAACAUGUAUUGUUUUCACUAAAUUAAUGGCGGAAUAUCUUAACAGCACCAAUUUAAGGGAGCUGUAUUUUAAUGAUAAUUAUAUUGUUACUGCUGAAGAAGAAGUAUUUUCCCUUCUUCCCAAAAGUCUAGAGGUACUUUCCAUUAGGAAAAGUAGACUUGUGUAUGGCACUUUCUUUAACUAUCUGAACAAACUGGAAAACGUGCGGAUGAUUGACCUAAGCGAAAGUAUUGGCAGUUCUGUUCCCGUCAUUCAUGGAUUAUCAUUUAGUCUUCCUCCUAAACUGGAGACUUUCUUCUGUGACGACAGCACAUUUAGGGUAUGUUUUGUCAAUGUUAACUUCACCUCCAACAAUCUAAAAAAAAUAAGUUAUAGAAAAAACGUCAUAACCUACUGGGCUGGUCCAAUGUAUGGUUUAAACCAUUUAACUGAAAUUGACCUAUCAGAAAACUUCUGCGAUCGUAUUGAUGAUGGUUGUCUGAAAGGCUUUACUAGUCUAAAGAUAUUGAGAGCUAAUAGUAACUACCUUGGGGACUUUUUAGAAAACGACCAAAAAGGGCAGGCGUUUGCUUAUUCAGCAAGUCUAGAAUUUUUAGAUCUAUCUUUGAACAGAAUCCAGUUUUUACCAGUGAAUGUGUUUCGAAACCUUGUCAGUCUGAAAACCUUGAACCUAAGUGAGAACAGUAUCACAAACCUGAAGGUGAAGGUUAGUCAUAUGACCAAUUUGACAUCUUUGAAUUUAAGUUUUAAUCAAAUUCCAUCCCUUGAUCACAUGUUUAUGUCUCAACUGGACAUAAUCAAAAGCUCUGUUUUAAAAGUUGAUCUUUCAGCCAACCCACUUAUCUGUUCCUGUGAGACAUUACCUUUUGUAAAAUGGAUGACACAGAGAAAGGACAUGUUUGCAACCCAACAACUGUACAAAUGUUCCUCACAAUCUGGAUGGUUAUACAAUGAAAAUGUGUUUGAGAUUCUUUCACAACUUCAACAAAAGUGCACCUCUCAUUUUGGCCUAGCGAUGGGACUGUUUGUUUCUGUAACAAGUUUCCUCUGCAUCUUGUGUGCUUCUAUCCUCUACAGGUAUCGAUGGAAGUUGAGAUACCUGUAUUACAUAGCGCGGGGACGUUACCGAAAUGUUGACCUGAUUCAACACGAGAAUGACAGGGAAUAUGAAUAUAAUGCCUUUAUCUCCUACGCUAACGAGGACCGUGACUUUGCUCUACACAUGUUCAUCGAGAAGCUUGAAAGAGAAGGCAAUCUUCAACUGUGUCUUCAUCAUCGUGAUUUCAUUCCAGGCGAGCCAAUAGCUGCCAACAUCCUGUCAGCCAUUCAAAAAAGUAAAUUUGUUAUCAUCGUGCUCUCCCCUAACUUCCUGGACAGUUACUGGUGCAGAUACGAGUUUGAAAUGGCCCGGAUGGAGGGUCUGUACACUGAGAGGAACAUGGUUGUCCUGGUGAAGUACCAGGAGGUCCUGCCCAACCUUGUGCCCAGGGACUUGUUGUAUAUGAUGCACACACAUACCUUCCUGGAAUACCCACAGAACGUAGAUGACCAGGACACGUUCUGGAUUGCUCUGAAAGAUGCCCUUGUAACACCUUGAGAAACAUUUGGAUAUACUAUCAGAAGCUCUCAUAGCAUUGCAAUAUCCUCUGCUUCUUCUCUGGGAGUAUCGUCCUAUAUUAUAUAAUGUUUGUAACGUUUGGCAAUAUUGCCACAAAAAUCAAAUCACGUUGUUCUGGGUAAUUAGGCAUGAGAUAAUCAAACACAACAAUGUCGUCGUUUGGAUUCGAAUUUCAUUCGAUGUGUUUCGAGGACAAUAAUUCGUUAUUACAUGGAGUUUGCUGUGCCUAAUCACAUAUUGUACAUAGGAUGCAAACUAUUCUAAUGAUUAAGUUUUAUAUCCACGUGUCAAUUCAUUUUCUGCUGCAAUUCCUUUUCCAUUGUAUAAAACCUGCCUCUGUUUAAUAAAGAGUGCCUAUCAGCACCACU